CGUAAGGUUGCGAGGUUAUAAUGAGUUAUCUUAAAUUUUUCGAUUAACAGUAAUAACACCUGAUUACGAGGAAGGAAGGGCCGCAGAGGAGGAAAAUUCAUCUUUUCCUGAUCAUUUUCAUGGUCUAGCUUUCUCUCUCAUUCUUGAUCAACUGACUCGCUCGACAGCAAGCUUGAAAUUCGAGGUAUUUAUAAAGCAUCAAUAUAAUUGUAAUUCUGAUUUUUUUUAUCAGAUCUAGAUCCUACAUUAGGCAUUCGUUUGGAACCAUGAUUUCAAGACUUAAAUUAAAGGCCUUUGAAUUUAACACCUUUGCAUGGACCAGUUUUGAAUCGUUUUGGUUCUUACUCGUGAUAUAUUGAAGGACUGAUGCAGAUGCAGGUGCAACCUAAGUAUUAUCCAGUUUCUUAUCAUGAAUUUUCUGUUUUAAUUCCUUUACAUGUGGUAUAUUGAUAUUAUAGUGAAGAGAAUUUUAAAACAUGAGGCAUAAAUACGGAAUGGAUGAAAAAUGCUUCAAUGUACCUUAAAUUAAAUUUCAGUAGAAGAGCAUGGUAUGGGUGCACUCUUUGAUCCUUCUGAGCAGUUAAGGGAAGGAGGGUGGGCUUAUUUUCUGCUCAGCAUAUGGCAAUCAAGCCAAGGGUCCUAUAGCACAAGGAAAUCUGCUAUUUGAUUAGUUUGGCUGUAUUAUUUUUUGCCCUUGGGAAUGGAGCUAAGGAGGGUUCUAACAUGUUUUGUGUCUAUGGAAGUGCUACCUUAUAAAUACCCUUCCUUUGUGAACUUUUCAAUGAUUUUCCCAUGUGAACUUUGAAUUUUCCAUUAUUUUUUUUCAAUCACUUUCACCAUUAAGGUGCAGGACACACAACAGAGCAAGGUUCCAAAUUAAGUGUGUCCUUAAGAGAGGCACUGUGAGAGUACAGUAUCUAGCCCAGGAACACAACGCAUAGUCCCGGCCAGGUUUCGAACCCAGGCCUCUUGAUCUGGAGUCCAGUGUACUGACCAUUAGGCCACUACGCUUCUCCAGGCCACCAUGCAUCUUCAGGCUACCAUGCUUCUUACAUUUGUUUUAUGUUAUAAGAUUCCACUUUUACCUUAGGUGGACUUGCAAUACUGAUAAUAGUUGCAGUAAUGAUUUGAAUCAUAACAGAGUUUAAAAAAAUAAAUUGAAAGAAUGCUACAGGUAGCUGCUAAUGUUAACUGUAACUAUUAAAAUCCAAUAAAUUUAUUUGCUAAUUAUGUUCAAAUUACAAGAAUAGUACAUAAAUGUAGUGAAAAAGAGGAGACGUGCACUUACAGGUCUUUACCCAGAGUGCCAUUUGUAACAUUUUCUUACUCUGGGAAACAAUUUAAAAAAAACUGAAGGCAGAACAGUUAAAUUCAAUUGUAAUCUAAAACUGAGUCAAAAGAAAGGCAUAUAAUUAAAUGGAGAAAUUAUUGAUUUAAUGCCUCAGAGUUUCAACUUUGUGGGAUAUUUCAUUGUUUCAUGAUGGAUAACUCAAUGUGUAAGGUUAAGUAGCAAAACUAUUUUGAACAGGAUGAGUUAUGAAUUUGUCACAAGUUUUUAUUUCUUUCUACUUCCUUCUGUUAGCAACAAGAAGUCAUUCCUUUGCUUCCUUGCUUCCCAGUCUCUGAUCUCUCUUUUUUUUGACAGGAUCUCAUAUGACAGGAGAUAUAAGUAUGGACCAGCUGGGAACACCUGUAAAAUUCAAUGUAAGUGGAUGCAGUUAAGUGAUACUGAACUAUGAUGUGGCAUACUCUUUAUUUGCAGCUGUUAAUAUGUCUAAGGAUCAUUUGCAGAGCUUUACAUGAGUUGCUUGACUAUGUUCUUACUUGUCCUACGCUCAUUAAAUUUUACCGAGCUCAAAUCUUACUAUCUCUCUUAUUCUAGUUACAAACAUGACGCUAUCGACAUUGCGGAUCCUAACAGUAUGCAGGACGGGUAUCAUGAACUUCGUAAUAGACCUCGGUCACUGGAGAGUCUCUGUGGCUAAGUGGUAGAGCAUCGGAGCGCGGAAUCCGAAGGUCUGAGGUUCGAUUCCUUAUGGGGACUCAGAAUUUUUUCUUUGUCCCACGCUCGUGACAAGACGAAAAACAUCUUUCUCUAUUUCUUUACCGAGCUCAAAACUUACCAUCUCUCUUGUUCUGUUAUGUACUUCUACUUGUAAAUGUUACUGACCAAUUGGAGUCAGGUACUUAACCAGGAAAAUUUGGCCAUAACAACCAGUUGGAAGUUGUUGAAAUGAUAAAGAAAGGAACGAAAAACUGACCCGGAGUCCAAUUAGUUUGGGACACAUAAAUUUUAUCAGGCGGAUCAAAAAGUGUUGUCAUUAUAGGCAUUAUUGUCGUUUUUUCCAGGUUAUACAAGGAACUUAUUGUAUGGACAAAAAUGGCAUCACAACCGACAUCAGCGUCGGACAUCAAUGCAUUACUGUGAUGUCCUACUACGAUAAGAAGAGCAUUGAGGUGUGUUGCAAAGAAAAAGUUUUGAGUGCUAUUCUUGUGAAAUUUUGGACAUAAUUUGAGAGGGAAGAAUGGGAUCUGACUGAUCUUGACGUCCUCAUGGAAAAAAAAUAGCGGGGAAAUGGACUUUCCUUUAGUUUGAUGCCGCACUCGAACGUAGUUGUAACAGUCGUUCCGCCUUUUUGCAAUAGCUGACUGACCCCUCCAGCUUGAGAAAUCGGACAAGGGUGGUGUCUCCCUCCAGCCUCACAUAAAUUUCACUGAGAACAGUGCUGGAAACUGACUAUUCGGGAAUUAGAUCGCAUCGUAUUUUAAAGAAGUUAACGAUAAGUCAAAUGACCUUUGAUGAAAGAUGUCUUUUACGAAUCAUUAUAUAAUUUAAAGUUAUCAAAGCUUGUCUUGAGAAUAUUUAUUAAAAGUGAUGGUUUCGCCUAUCCUAACAAAAUUCCAAAUGGAGUAACAAAAAUUAUUGUCGACGAGUCAGUGACCGAAGUUGUCAUCGAAGUUGUCAGCGAGUUGACCGUGGUUGUCGGCGAGUUGGCCGAAGUAAUCAGCGAGUUCACGGAAGUCGUCGGCGAGUUGGCCGAAGUUGUCAGCGAAUUGACCGAAGUUGUCAGCGAGUUGACCAAAGUUUUCAGCGACUUGACCGAAGCUGUCGCCGCGCAAUCGUCGGCAAGCUGGCCAGUAAUGUCGGCGGGGUGAUUUAUGGUGUCGAAUUUACAUGUUGCUAAGUGAGCGGUAACUAUCAAACGCUUGAAGUUAGGCACUUAACUUUUAAGCUCUGUUUAAUAAACUGCUCGCAGACUGUAUUUGAUUUUUAUGUCGCUUAUCAUUUUAAAGUUUGCUUUUUAUCAGUCACGAUAAGCUUUGAUUAAAGCUCUGUUUUUCCAUAGGAACUCAGAGUAGAAGAUUACAUUCUUCAGGGGCGCAUACAAAGACCCGAGGGUAGGUGUUGGGAUCUUUAUUAUUGAUCUCAUCGACUUUUGUCUUGGUUGUUGCUUACUUAUGUAAUAUUUGCAAUUUGCUUUGUUUUCGAAAAAGCUAUCAGGUUGAGAAGCAAGAAGUAUCUUUGUUCGGAACACGCAGAAGCCCUGAAAAUUUACUGUCACACAGACAAAUGCCUUAUCUGCCUUUACUGUCAGGUAAAAUUGCUUACCAGCGUGGUGCAUUUUCAAGACGUCAAAAUCUUAUACCGGCUAAGAUAUUUCAGUUCUUCGGCCCAGCGCUUGGAAAUUAUGUAAAACUCAAAGGAAAUUCUCUCGUUUACUCAUAUCCUUGAGUGAUUGUCUGCGUAGCAGGCGUUUCUUUUAAGGGCGCGCGAUGGAAAAAAGGCAUCGGAGCCGCGAAAUGCACAAGUGGCACUCUCAAUAUUUAUAAACUAACAAAACAGCCUGGUACGCCACUAGUGUGAGGUCUGGAAUUGGCCAUUUUACAGGUCUGUCCUUAGUUGCCAAGUCUUUGAUUUGGAGUGAGGCUGAAGGUGACCUUGUGGUGAUAGAGACCAGUAUCUAGUUAGCAUGAUAACAAAGUAAUUUACAUUUUAAAAACAGCAACGUUUGUAUCAUAACCAGGUUACCCUCACUCUUGUUCAAAGGCUUGGCAACCAAGCACGUAAAUGUAAAAUGGACUAUUGAUUGACUGAAUUUGAAGUUUUGUCCACUCGGCGAGCUUGCUAUGUUUCCACCCGUCCCUCUCCCUUGACCUACUUCCUAUACACCAAGAGCUGCCCCGGCCAAACUAAGAAAAAUAGAGUUCACCUCUUUCUAAAAAAAUGGAUUCAUAUGUAAAAAAUUUGAUCAGCAGAAUGGUCUUUUCCAUCAUUUCAUUUUCUCAGCUGUCUACAAGUGGUUAGCCUCCUUUUGGUUCUGCACAUGUAGUUUAGAAUGUUCCUUUAGGGAAUUCUAAGUUACAUGCAUGCAAACCAGUUCAAUUUUGUGGUUAUUUUCUAUUAGUUCUAUGGCAGUCAUGUGGGUCACGAAUGCGAGCUUGUCACUGACAUUGCCACCACGAUACGUGGGGAACUAAGCAGCGUAUCUGAAAAAUUGGGCGAUCACUGUGAAUUGGUCAAGAAGUCAAGAGAAAAAGUGAAUAGCACAAAGAACUCUGUACUGGCCACUCAAAUAUACCUGCAAGACAGGAUCGGAAAACACAUGGCAUUGUUACAUGCUUACAUGAGUAAGGGAGAGACGUCGCUGAGGGAUGCUGUAAACGAUAAAACGAACCAGAAGAUAAUGUUUUUGAAUAAUCAAGAGAGGUUUGUCUCGUAUAGACCUCUUUUGUAAUGUCGGGCUUGAUUAUUAUCAGUACUUUCAUGUGCAUGCAAUUAAGCCUUCUUGGCCUCGCUUCAAUGAGGCUUGCAAUCGAGGACAUAAGGACUUUCAAAGCUAUGGAAACACGAGGUCAAAUCGUACUCUUCGGGUCGCUUGCCUUUGAUUAAUUUGAGUUCCAAUCAGCUCCCUGUAAUAUUUCCCAUUUUUAAGGAUUGGCCGCCAAAAUGACUUUGUUUUAAACACUCAAUAAAAGUCACUCCAUUUUACUUCAGGUAUGAGCUUAACAGUAACAGCACGAACUAAGGACGCGAUUUCUGGGAGAAGUUCUAAGAGAUAUAACUGAACUCCAGCGUAAUUUGUUUUGUGUUUUUUGUUUAGGGCCAUGUCAGGUAUUGUGGACAAAUGUGACUUAGCGCUUUUUUUGAUCGAGGAGUGUCAAAAGAAUGACAGCGCGUUGGUUGACGAGAAGCCCAACAUAGAUAGUCUCAUCGAUGAGGUCUCCGCUUUCAUGGAGAAGUGUGAGCUGGAGCCGGCGGAAACAGACAAUCUGACAUGUUACUUUGAGUAUAAUCUUUUAGAUUUGCUUAAAACACAAAUCGGUGGAGUAAAGAUGCUAAAGCCAGGACAAAAAGGUUGGUUUAGUUAAUGAUGUUUUAAAAGUCGUAGAUAAUGAAAAAUGUCAAAACUGCGUGUGAUGAAAGCACGCGUCAAGGAAGUCUUCUUUUUUUGCUUAAUUCGAUAUGGCAGUGCGAUAUGUCUACAAGAGUGAAAUUUAUCUAUGUUUUGUUUACAGGGAGCUCUAUUUACAACUUCAACGAGCAUGAGAUGUGGGAGGAAGGGAAAACCAAGGAUGCGGAGGUUCAAACAGAGGAUCCACAGGAAAGCACAACUCAUCAUACACCGCAAGAUCUGGUGGAAACUGCUGACUUUGGCUUGACGGCGCAAGUAAGGGACAACAGUCCUUCAGCCUUAGUGGAUCCAGGUGAGUCAGAAGUCAUCGGUCUUUUGGUUUGACGGAUUGAAUAUGCAUUCCAUGUGAGCACGUGUGUAAUUUUUUUUAUUGUUUUCAAUAUUCCUCUUCUUAGAUGUCAACGAAAAAGAUGAUCUUGAUUACAACGGUGACGAGAAAGUUAAUGACGAUGAGAAUGAAGUUGGACUUGAGGGAGGGGUGGGAGGCGAAUCUUCAGUGCUUGUUGAUCCUAACCUGGAGAUAUCAACAGAUUCACAAAGCUCUGGAGAAGUAAUAACUGGAUUACUGGAUGAGAUGCUUAGAAAGGUGGACGGAAUCGCAGGUCAGUUACUUUUAACUCCAUUCUCUUCAUGAAGAAUCAUCCUUUUUUUGUAUAAGUGGAUAAAAUUUCCAUUACUAGAGAAGAUAAAAAGGAGUCACUACUGAUCCUAAUAAAUCUAAAGUCAUAUCGGCAAUAUUAAUCUAGAAUCUAUCUAUCACAGGCCCGCCACGUUUUCAGCAUUGUGCCUACGAGUGGCUGCUAAAAUAAUGAUUUCUAGUGUGCACAUAUACUUGUGGACUAAUGGAUCGAGUUAUUAAUGGGGUGAGCUAUCCUAUAGCAUAGGAAAUUUAACCAACCCUGGCCUUUAUCAAUUACUUUUGAGUCUAUAUUAUGGGGUGUAUAUUCACAUUGAUUUUUUUUCAGUCGCAGAUGGUGACGAUGGCAGUGACAGUGUUAAACAAGAGAUCGAGACUGACGAUUAA